CUGACUGGCUAAGUCCCCAGCGCCUGUGAACAUUCGGUGCGUCCGCUCCCUGGACGCGGCCUCAAGCGCGGGGUGGGUGGAGGCGGAGUCGUACCCUGAGCCCUGGCCGCGAUAGUUCGCCGGGAUGAACCUGGAGUUGUUGGAGUCCUUUGGACAGAACUACCCAGAGGAAGCUGAUGGAACUUUGGAUUGCAUCAGUAUGGCCCUGACCUGCACCUUUAACAGAUGGGGCACACUGCUGGCUGUUGGCUGUAACGAUGGCCGAAUUGUCAUUUGGGAUUUCUUGACAAGAGGCAUUGCUAAAAUAAUUAGUGCCCACAUCCACCCAGUCUGUUCCUUAUGCUGGAGUCGAGAUGGUCACAAGCUUGUGAGUGCUUCAACUGAUAACAUAGUGUCACAGUGGGAUGUCUUAUCUGGGGACUGUGAUCAGAGGUUUCGAUUCCCUUCACCCAUACUGAAAGUCCAGUAUCAUCCCCGAGAUCAGAACAAAGUUCUUGUAUGUCCUAUGAAAUCAGCUCCUGUUAUGUUGACCCUUUCUGAUUCCAAACAUGUCGUCUUGCCAGUAGAUGAUGAUUCUGAUCUAAAUGUAGUUGCAUCUUUCGAUAGACGAGGGGAAUAUAUCUAUACGGGGAAUGCAAAAGGGAAGAUCUUGGUCCUAAAAACGGAUACCCAGGAUCUAGUCGCUUCUUUCAGAGUAACAACUGGGACCAGCAAUACCACAGCUAUAAAGUCAAUAGAGUUUGCUCGGAAGGGGAGUUGCUUUUUAAUAAAUACAGCAGAUCGAAUAAUCCGAGUGUAUGAUGGCAGGGAAAUUUUAACCUGUGGCAGAGACGGAGAACCAGAACCAAUGCAGAAACUGCAGGAUUUGGUAAACAGGACACCUUGGAAGAAAUGCUGUUUCUCUGGAGAUGGGGAAUACAUAGUUGCAGGCUCUGCUCGACAGCAUGCCCUAUAUAUCUGGGAGAAGAGUAUUGGUAACUUGGUGAAGAUUCUUCAUGGGACCAGAGGAGAGCUUCUGUUGGAUGUAGCUUGGCAUCCUGUCCGACCCAUAAUAGCAUCCAUUUCUAGUGGAGUGGUAUCUAUCUGGGCACAAAAUCAAGUGGAAAACUGGAGUGCGUUUGCACCGGACUUUAAAGAGCUGGAUGAAAAUGUGGAAUAUGAGGAAAGGGAGUCAGAGUUUGACAUUGAGGAUGAAGAUAAGAGUGAGCCGGAACAAACAGGUGCUGAUGCUGCAGAAGAUGAAGAAGUAGAUGUUACUAGUGUAGAUCCUAUAGCUGCCUUUUGUAGCAGUGAUGAGGAGCUGGAAGACUCAAAGGCUUUGUUAUACUUACCCAUUGCCCCUGAGGUAGAAGACCCAGAGGAAAAUCCUUAUGGGCCCCCACCUGAUGCUGUCCAAACCUCAUUGAUGGAAGAGGGUACUGGUUCAGAGAAGAAGAGACAGUCCUCAGCAGAUGGGCCCCAGCCACCAAAGAAGAAAACCAAAACGACCAACAUUGAGCUGCAAGGAGUACCUAAUGAUGAAGUCCAUCCGCUACUGGGGGUGAAGGGGGAUGGCAAAUCGAAGAAGAAGCAAGCAGGCCGGCCUAAAGGAUCAAAAGGUAAAGAGAAAGAUUCUCCAUUUAAACCGAAACUCUACAAAGGGGACAGAGGUUUACCUCUGGAAGGAGCAGCGAAGGGUAGAGUGCAGGCGGAGCCCAGCCAGCCCUUGACAGCAGGGGGCGCGAUCUCAGAGCUGUUAUGAAGACGACCUUGGGAGUUUUCCAUUCUUUUCCCACUCUGCAGUCAUGCAGCCUCGGACAUUGUGCUCGGACAGAUGAGACUGACUUUCAUUGAAAACCAAGGCCUCCUCCUCUCUCAGCAGGUGGCAGGAGGAGUGAUGUUUAUUUUUGAAUGAAGUGAAUUAUGAAAGAAGAGUGACCCUCCUCAGCCGUCCUUCUCAAAGCAGAAUUCCCAAUAGACUCAGGAAAAGAGGAUUUGCCAAGACUUAAUGGGACUCCUGGCUCAUUUAGACAGAAUGCUUCUCUGCUUAGUUAUGCUGCUGGAACAACACCUACAUUUUCUUCGUAUGACCUUUCUUAACUAAGCAUCACUUUGAUUGGCCCUUUCCCAUCUCCUGCUCCCUCUCAUCCCUUAGCGCAUGUCCUCAAGUGAAUUAUUCUUCUGUGUGACUUUUCCUCUCCCUGCUAUUGUCUCGUAGAAAAGAAUCUGUUGCAUACUCUCUCUUUCCUUUCUCCUUUCUUCCCUAACCCAGUCAACAUAUAAAGGCCUGUAUUCCAUGUUACAUUAUUCUUUUUAAGAACAGGCAAGAAAACAAAGUGCUUAUAAUCCAAAAAGCUCAGGAAAAUAUAGAGCCAUCAGAAAGGGAAGACAUAGAUAAGAAACCCAUUUUGACUGUCAUAUAACCUUUUCCCCGGGAGGCUGGGAUGUAAAAUGUUUUUCCAUUUUAGCCUUCAGCAUCAAUUUAAUCUCUCUAAAUCAUGUUUCUGAAGACAGAUAGUUUCACCUGUUCCAGGCAAAGUAGCACGUGAGGGAUUUUUUUUUUUUUGCUGUCAUGUGCAAACUACUAGAGAAGAAACCAAACAAAGGUAUCUCUAAGCCUUCUUUUACGAAAAGGUAUCUAUGCAAGGUCUAAAAUGGAGCUGUCCAAAAUCAGAUGCAGCAACACAGUUCAAAUCAAAGUUCAAAGUGAAAUUUUUUCAUCACCGUCCAUGGAUUUGCCCUUCCCUCAAAACAUCAGUGUUGCCUCCACCUGUGUCUGUGUUGUGAGCAGUUUCAGUUUCCUCCUUACAAUUCCUCUAUUAGCAUUUUUUUGUUGGUCACUUCCUUUCUGUGAAAGGCUUCUCAGUUGUCUCAGCUUCUUCACCACCAUUUAUGAAACAAGAGUGGCAGCUCAAAUGUGUGCACACAUGAGAAACCUUUGGAUUUUUAAAAAUUGCCCAGAGUUCUUUCCACUUCCAUUGCUGGUCCUUUGUGAGCCCACGGAGCUCAUCGUCUGGCCUGUUCUGCUUAUGUCUUGUCACUUAUUGUCUCAAAAGUUCAUUUUAGGGAAGCAACAUGUGAAAUGAGAAUCCACAGCCCUGGAUGCAGUAUUCAUCUAGCUAUAUCUAUUUUAAUGUGAAGGUAGUAUUUUCUCUUAACUUUUUGAGGAAAGCUUUAGAACAGUUUACACUAUAGCAUGAGGAGGAACCCACUUGAGUCCAUAGAUGAUCCAAGAAAGAGAUGAAUCUGGUUAUUUGAAAGGAUGUUGGAAUGUCUGAAAGAGCCUUUCCUCCCGUUUCACUUGUUCAUGUAAGAGAAAGGUCCGUUUCCUGAGAUAUGUGACAAAAAGUCCAUGUUCUUUGAUGUAACUUAUUCUCUACAGAAACCCUUGUUACCUAGACUCUUAAAACGAGUUACUCAUUAGUAGAGUGAUUGUGUGGACUACUGGACAUGUUUCUGUUUUACAUCAUAAGGAACGCUGUCAUUACUUUGAAUUGUAUUCUGUAUUAGUCUGCCAGUUCACAUAAAUGCUUUUCUACCCUGUCACCAUUUACCAUGUAAUUUGAAUUUUCUUGCCUGGGUACUUGGUUAUUGAGCUAUUUCCCCUCCCGAAUCUGAGAGUGCCAAUCAAAGCUCCUUCGAGUUGGCCCUUGACAACAUCUUCAGGAUUCGUUUUUUUGUGAUUCAAGUAUUUUCUUCCAUUCUUCAAACUUGCUGUCCAUUUCAUUUGACUGCUUCUCCAUUUGUACAGUACAUGUAUAUUUUUUUCCUCCUUUCAUCUCCCCACAUGUGUAUGUGUGUUUUCUCUCUCGUCACUUUUUUUUUUUUAAAGUUUUAAAUGCUCUGUAGUUUUGUAAAAGAUGAAAAUUGGUCACUUGAAUAGUUCUUGCUAAAG